UAAAAUAAUAAUUUCGCAAAACAUAAUAUAUUUUAAUAUAUAUAAUAUAUGUAAUGUUAUAAUCGGGAGCGAUAGUAGUAAAAUUUAUAUUUUCCUGUUGUGUUGCAUCAUCUAUGAUUUAUAAACUUCUGAACUUGUUUGACUAAUUUCGUAUAAAAGUAUUUAAUACGUGGUAUUCAAUACUUAAUCUUAACUUGGAUUCUGUUAUAUAAAAAAAAUGACAACAGAAAGAAAAGGGACAUUUAAAGUAGAAUAUCUUCAAAAAAUUGAAAAAGAUGUUCAAGCUAUAUGGGAAGAAAAAAAAAUAUAUGAAGAAGAUGCACCUUUGGAACCAAGGAAAAAUUCUAAUGAGAAAUUUCUUGCAACAUUUCCUUUUCCUUAUAUGAAUGGAAGACUUCAUCUUGGUCAUACAUUUUCAUUAUCAAAAUGUGAAUUUGCAAUACGAUACAAUCGCCUUUUGGGAAAGAAAGUUCUUUUCCCAUUUGGUUUUCAUUGCACUGGUAUGCCUAUUAAAGCAUGUGCAGAUAAAUUAAAGAGAGAAAUGGAAUUAUAUGGUUAUCCACCACAAUUUCCUAAUGAAGAAAAAAUUGAAGAAGAAAUUAAAGAUGACAUAGUAAUAAAAGAUAAAAGCAAAGGAACAAAGAGUAAAGCAAUUGCAAAAACUGCUAAUGCAAAAUAUCAAUGGCAAAUUAUGCAAAUGCUUGGUUUAAAAAAUGAAGACAUAAAAAAGUUUGCUGAUGCUUCAUAUUGGUUAGAUUAUUUUCCUCCUCUUGGUGUAAAAGAUAUUAAAUCAGUUGGAUUACAUGUGGAUUGGCGUAGAACAUUUAUUACAACUGAUGCAAAUCCAUUUUUUGAUUCAUUUGUACGUUGGCAAUUUCAACAUUUAAAAAAUAGAAACAAAAUAAAAUAUGGAAAAAGAUAUACAAUUUAUUCACCAAAAGAUGGACAACCUUGUAUGGAUCAUGAUAGAUCAUCUGGAGAAGGUGUGGGGCCACAGGAAUAUACAUUAAUUAAAAUGAAAUUACAAGAACCUUAUCCUUCAAGUUUGAAAUCUCUUUCUGGAAAACCAGUUUAUUUAGUUGCUGCUACUUUAAGACCAGAAACUAUGUAUGGUCAAACAAAUUGUUGGAUUCAUCCAGAUAUAAAUUAUAUUGCUUAUGUAUUGCCAAAUGGAGAUGUUUAUAUUUCAACAGAAAGAGCUGCUCGGAAUAUGGCAUAUCAAGAUUUUUUUGAAGAAGAAGGAAAAAUACCAAUUGUAUUAAAAUUUAUUGGAAAAGAAAUAUUAGGAUUACCAUUAGAAGCACCUCUUACAAAUUACAAAGUGAUUUAUACUUUACCAAUGUUAACUAUUAAAGAAGAUAAAGGUACUGGAGUUGUUACUUCUGUACCUAGUGAUUCCCCUGAUGAUUAUGCAGCUUUAACAGAUUUAAAAAAAAAACAAGCUCUCAGGGAAAAAUAUAAUAUAACUGAUGAUAUGAUAUUCUCUUAUGAUCCUAUACCUAUUAUUGAAGUACCAGAAUUUGGUAAUUUAUGUGCAGUAACUUUAUAUGACAAAUUAAAAAUUCAAUCUCAAAAUGAUAAAGUUAAAUUAUUACAAGCUAAAGAAAUGGCAUAUCUGAAAGGAUUUUAUGAUGGUGUUUUACUAGUUGGUCAAUAUAAAGGAAACAAAGUUCAAGAUGUUAAAAAGCAUGUUCAAAAGCAAUUAAUAAAUGAGGGAAAAGCAGUUAUAUAUUAUGAACCUGAGAAAACUAUAAUUUCAAGAUCAAAUGAUGAGUGUGUAGUAGCCUUAUGUAAUCAAUGGUAUUUAGACUAUGGAGAAGAAACUUGGAAAAGAGAAGCAAUAGAAGCGUUAAACAACCUUAAUACUUUUCAUGAUGAAGUGAGAAAAAAUUUUAUGGCUUGUCUUAAUUGGUUACAUGAAUAUGCAUGUUCAAGAACUUAUGGACUUGGUACUAAAUUACCAUGGGAUGAAAAUUGGUUAAUAGAAUCACUCUCAGAUUCAACAAUUUAUAUGGCUUAUUAUACUGUAGCGCAUUUAUUGCAAGGAGGAACGUUUAAAGGCGAUAAACCAAAUACUUAUAAUAUAAAGCCUGAUGAAAUGACAUCUGAAGUAUGGGAUUAUAUUUUUUUUAAAGAUAUAAAGUUUCCCAAAACGAAAAUAAAGAAAGAGGCAUUAGAUCAUAUGCGACGUGAAUUUAAUUAUUGGUAUCCAGUAGAUUUACGAGUAUCUGGGAAAGAUCUAAUACAAAAUCAUUUAACAUUCUUUAUUUAUAAUCAUAUUGCAAUCUGGUCUAAGCAACCUGAAUUGUGGCCAAAAGGAAUAAGAGUAAAUGGACAUUUACUUUUAAAUUCAUCAAAGAUGUCUAAAUCAGAAGGUAAUUUUCUAACACUUGCUGAAGCCGUAGAAAAAUUUUCAGCAGAUGGCAUGCGACUGUGUCUGGCUGAUUCUGGCGAUUCAAUAGAAGAUGCUAAUUUUGUAGAAAGUACAGCUGAUGCCGGAAUUCUUAGAUUAUAUACAUUUAUUGAAUGGGUUAAAGAAGUGUUAGCUUCAAAAGAUAUCUUUAGACAAGGAAAACCAUAUACAUUUAAUGAUAAAGUUUUUGAAAGUGAAAUGAAUCAAAAAGUACGAGAAACUGAAGAGAAUUACUCAAAGAUGUUAUUUAAAGAAGCUCUAAAAACAGGAUUUUUUGAGUUACAAGCAGUAAGAGAUAAAUAUUUACAAUUGAGUGCUUUAGAUGGUAUUAAUUGGAUAUUAAUUAUGAAAUAUAUAGAAUUUCAAAUUAUUCUUUUAUCUCCAAUUUGUCCACAUGUAACAGAACAUAUAUGGACAUUAAUUGGUAAAGAAGAUAGUAUAUUAAAUGCUAGAUGGCCUCAGAUAGACUUCAUAGAUGAAGUACUUAUAAAAUCAUCACAAUAUCUUAUGGAUGCUGCACAUUCAUUUAGAAUUCUGUUAAAAAAUUAUUUAACUCCUAAAAAAACACAAAAAGGAAAAACUGAAACAUUAACUGUAGAAAAACCUACCGAGGGAACAAUUUGGGUAGCUAAAACAUAUCCUCCUUGGCAAAGUACUAUUUUAACUAUGAUGAAAAAUUUAUAUCUUAAAAAUGACAAUAAUUUACCAGAAAAUAAAAUUAUAGCAUUAGAAUUGGGAAAAUAUCAAGAAUUAAAAAAAUAUAUGAAACGAUUAAUGCCAUUUGUACAAGUUAUAAGAGAAAAAAUUCAACUUGUUGGAUUAAAUGCAUUUAAUUUAACUUUGGAUUUUGAUGAAUUUAAAGUUCUUCAAGAUAAUAAAAAAUAUCUUGAAAAUACUUUAGAUCUAGAAAAUAUUGUGAUAAAAUAUACGAAUGAAGCUCCAGAAAAAACGAGAGAAGAAUGUUGUCCAGGUGCUCCUUAUAUGAAUUUUUCUGUUAAACUUGGAAUUCCAAUAUUCAUUAUAAAUCCACAAAAAUAUAAUGGUUUAUUUAGAAUGACCAUUAAAGUAGCAAAUGCAGAUACUGUAGAAAAUAUUAUAUCACGAAUAUCAAAAGAUAAUAAACUUAUAAAAAAUUCAUCAUUAAUAUCCUUAUAUCGUUACAAUGAUCCUCUACUAGGACCUAGGAAUAAACCUACAACUGAAAAUAUAUUAAAAGGUAAAACUUUAAUUCCAUCUAAUUCUAUAUUUAAUGUUGAUAUGGAAAGCAAAAAUAUUAGUGUAGAUGUAGAAGGAAUUACAUAUAAUGUAGGUAAUGAAUUAAUUUAUAUUUAUCAAUCUCUGGAAAAUUAAAUAUAUUCAAAAUUAAUAUAAAAUAUUUUAUAUAAAAUAUUUUAUAUAAAAUAUUUAUAUAUAAUUUUUUAUAAUGAUGA